AUGAAUGAACUACACGAAGCGGUUGAGGCCAAAGUAGUCAUAUUACUGGUCACUGAUUCGACUAAAGUCAAAAGAGUAGAGUUACAGAAAUGGUUACUUAGGCGCCUCUAUCGACCUCUCAGACCAUUAAUUCACGAUAAUGUUCGUAUACUCCACGUCUCAGCUACGCGACUAUCCUCUCUAAUGCAAACGCAGACUGUACAGCAAAGAGCAACGCACACGUAUACCCUUGAUAAUCUGCCGAAUCCAGACGACUUUUAUGACAAAAUAUAUAGACUAAUGCCAAAUACACGUAUUAUAACAUUGUGCAAUAAAUACAAGGUUGUGUUUGUUGUCGAUGUUACGUGCUCUUUAGCAACCGUAGAUUAUUAUACUGGUGAUGUGGUUAUAUCGGAAGUAUUUGAAAGUCUGAGGAAAUCCAUUCACGGUCUAGUUCAGCAGUCUAUCCUAAAGGACCUGGAUAGGGACAAAGAACUUCAGUUUGAACCAGAAAUUUCAAUCACUGUGAUAGCCGAGAGCUCGCACUUUGCAUCGAAUGCAAACGUGUUUAAGUUCCUGGAACAAUUCCCUACCAUGAAAGUGCUCUUACAAAAUGUAAUAGUCACGAAAACCAAUGUAUCAAAAAUACUUUUUAAGCUCCAAUCUGAAUUGAGCGACUACCAGCGGCGUGUUGUUGAAUUAAGGGAAAAAGUCAAGCGUGUUAAGCAAUUUCGUGUGCCCUAUAGGAUGGACACGGAAAACGAAGAGGAAACUGAAUUUUCUGAUGUGAAGAAUAUCUGGAGAUUGGGAUCCGGUGGUGGUAAUCUUGCCUACAGUCUGAAUGCUGGUCUGUUUGCCACCCGUUUAUGCCCUAAUGAUGGAUUCGCAUCUUUGGUAAUCAUCACGGAUGGUGUCGUCAAGUCUACUUUGGUACAGAUGUCAGAGGAAGAUGAUGUAAUACAAGAACUCUGCAGAGAGGAUAUUAGUUGUAACAUUAUACAAGUAGGAUCUGGUCAAGGAUUCAAUCCUAUGUGCAGUUUUGGACUGGUUCCUGACAAUGAAUUAUUACGCUUUGUAGCCGCUGCUACUGGUGGUAUAUUUUUAUACGCACGUGACUGUCCAAACGAUACAUCUUCAGAAUCACUCAAAGAUGGCAUCGCGUCCAAUUACUACCAUUCAUUCUUUUUGUUGAGAGAAGCUAGUUUUUCCAAGAAGAAGACUGAGUCUCGAUACGCAAGUAUAUCCGACAAGCCCGAUAGACCAGUAGACGUUCCACGCGAACGACGUGUUUAUGGCAGUCACAAUGUCUUAGACUUUAAUUUCUAUAAUUUCCCAUGGGAUACACGUAGUUUGUCGCCGCCAGUCGAGACAAUUCUAACUAGAUACAAGGAAUAUACGUUACACAUUAAUGUACAGCAGAUAAUUUCUUUUCGCAUCAGACAGGGCUUUAUAGUGGAGAGUGUGGAAAUAGUGAGAAAGAUGAUCCAUAUUAGUCUCGUGCGCUCAUGGCUUCCUAAUAUUAUGAUUCAAUAUAAGAUUAAGGCGUUAUGGCCUGGUGAGAAUAGAGGAUUGAUACGACUGAGAGUACCUCGCAUCGAAAUUAACGUCGUCGCGGAUAUCAGAUUCUCAAUGUACUUCAUCAGAGUACAAACUGGACUAGAUAAUGAUUCCAGGCAUCCCUCGUUUGCCAAAGUCAUUAGGCUGGAUAAAUUUCUCACCUCGAUAUAUGAAACAGAUGAACUAUUGAACGAGCAACUAUUCUAUAAAGCACAAAAAGACAUCAUUGCGCAGCGUAAUCUGGGUGCAGCAAUUGAUCGUGUAGAAAAGAUUAAACAAUUUUGGUGUGUGUUGGACCAAAGCCCUUUUCGUCUAGACGGUAAGUGUUGGUACGAUCAGAUUGCGUUUCAAUUAAUAGCUUCUCCAACGACUGUGAUACAUGUAUCUCGUAAGAUAUUCAGUAAAUCAUCGUUGAUCGCUGCGCCUAAACGCGCCGCCCUAUCUAGGCUUAGGCUGUUACUAGGCUUGUGGGCAUCUUUUGAGAUAUCAAAAGAGGAAUAUAUCAAGUUGUUUUCUUCGCACGAGGGCGACAAAGCAUGCGCUUUUAGUUUCUGUAAACUGAAUCUGAGGCCAGUGUAUGGAAGUUUAUUUCUAUUUACUUUGUCAUUCUUUAAUGUCAAUCCGAAUACUCGCCAAAGAGAAGCUGAUAAAGUCAGAAAUAUGAUAGCUGAUGCCUUGUCAUUUUUUAAUGUUGUAACGGACAAUAAGGAUGAUCAUGAAUUGUGGGCUGAUAAAGUCGGGAAAAAGAUAGCUGAGGCGUUUUCAUUCUUCAAUGUUGAUAUGAAUGCUCAUCAAACAGAAGCCGAUAAGUUCAGGACAAUAAUAGACGAAGAUAGUUAUGGGCGUGAAGAUGAGACUUACUACAUUUGUAGAAGACCCCUUUCAUCUCUAAUAGUCCCAGACAUGGAUGAGGCUGAUCAAAAUUCCGCCGUUGAGAUAAUUCCGGCUGGUUAUCGUUCUAUAGUUCAAUCGUACCUACGGUGUAGACAAUGGUCUUGGCUGGACGACGUAGAAGACAUCGUAUCGCGUAUAAGCAUACGAACAGUCCCAUUGCAGGAUUUGGCGUUACAAUACUUAUUUCAAGCACGUCUGGAUGAGAAAUAUAUGCUAGUAUACCAUCAGGGCAAUUUACAAAUAUUUUACCGUGAAAUCGACUUUGGCGCUGAUGAGAAUGAGGAUGGAAUAAGAACUUCCACUGUCUGUGGGGUACAAUAUAUAGUUGUAACUGAUUCACAGAAAGGCUGUAUACACACUAAGCUAUUAAUGGAACCAUCAGAAGACAAUUACCUGAAAGAUCGCUAUGAGCCGAUAGCAGAUGCAAUCGAGGCAAGAGACAGGAGAGUGAUGUCUCACAUGGUAACAUUUGAUCAGAUAUAUCAAAUAGGCGCGUCUCAUUGCAAACAACGUAUGCAGUCACAAUUUCGAUUAUCGAAUUUAUUCAAUCUCUCGGUAUUGCUUCGUUCUAGUCCUAUUCUAGUCGCUAAUUAUUACAUUCCGUGUUCAAAAUCAACAUCACUGAGUCCGUCGCCUCGGAUGGAAGUCUUACCAAGAAGUAAUGAAGCAACACCGAAAUUAACUCUAUCUGGAUUUAAACAAACGCCACAAUUGAAUCUAAAAUCUCGCGGUAAAGAUACGCCUAAUUUUCCAGGCAAUCGAGAUGACGCGCCAAAUGCCAGGACUAGGCGGCAAAAAUCGUCAGCAGAUAAUGAACAGAUUGCUGAUAUGAUAUUAGAAGCGAUUGCUAGUGGUAGUCUCCAGGAUGCAGAUAUUAAUUUAUUAUUAUUGCACUGGUUUGUGCAGAAAACGUUAUUAAAGCAUACUGAUGGCGCGAUUGACACUACUCAAAAUUGUUCCCAGGAUUCUCUUUUGAAUGAACUUAAUGAUGGCAUAUCAAAGGCUCGAGGUCAACUAAAUGGCACUGCAACCAUACAGUUGGUUCAUAACUUACAAGAGACGCGAUGCUUUGUCAAGAGAGUUAAUAAUACCUCAGUGGCUGUUAUAAUUAUACCUUCCAUUGAAGCCAUGCUUAACUCUCUCAGCAAAACACCUCCCGUAAAUGAAAAUGAAGCAAGACACUUGAGUAUCCUGUUGUUCUUAUGCAGAAGGCUUGCACCAUUACACGGAGGCAUGUCUUCAGAUCUACCAAGUCAAUUAGAUGAUUUAAUACUUGAACCUACGUCUCUUCAGGGGUCCGCAAGAACGGCAUUGAGCCCAACAAUACUUAGUGGAGGAUUCCUUGGUGAUAAGAAUAUUGCCCGUAUGUCUGAUCAGACGCGAAUUAUGUCUUGUAUCGCAAAUUUUUAUGCUCAUGGAUUCGUCAAAUCGAUUUAUGGUAGUAUAUUACAGAAGCAUCAGGUCGCAGCGGCAGAUUUCCGCAAGGCCAUCGAAACAUGUGUAGAGACAUCCUUAGAUAUGGACAUAUCUGCUUUUGUUAAUGUACACAUCCGAGCAGCUUUAAGCGAUAAUGACAGCAACCUGUAUGACAUACGUAAGAGAUUUAGGGACAUUCUUGGUCAAUAUUUUGAGCUCGUUGCAUCUGGUGACGAUGAAUUCCAAAACAUAUAUUAUUAUCGGCCCCCUUCAAAGGAAGGAGAAACUGGCAUGAAUCUUGCUGACGUGUUCACAUUUGCUGAAACGCCGCUCUUUAUAAAACUCGAAUGCACAUUUAAAAAGCCACCGCCACCACCAACAAUUGGCAUAACACGAGAAGAAACACAACAGGAAAUCCAAACAGACGAGACAAAUAGUACUUUUUCCACCGCUAAAAUGUACAGUGAAUAUCAAGCAACAUAUGUUCGCUUCCCAGUUUCAGAUUUGCCAACAAGCUAUGAAUGUACCAUCCACGACAAAUAUUACGAUUUCUCUCCCGAUGCAAUUGGUACGUCUAACUCGCCUGUCGAGUCAGCUGAUGGGACUAGUGCGACUUUACAUAUGACAUGCCUAACGUUGCCGUCUAUCGAUGAGCACAAGAAGCCUUCGCCGGGGUUUGUCGAACUCAAUGAUGUUCCAAGUGCGCUUCAUGUAUUACAGUCUAUCGAGACAUACACCAAGGAAAUACAAGAAGCUUUGGGAAAGACCCGAUCCAGUAUCGGUCGGCUGUUGAGGGACGAAAUACUGCAUAAGCUAUUGAAGUUACAACCAUACGAUCGCACAACACUUACAUAUAUACAAGAGCAAUUGGAGACAAAUAAGCAAGGGGAAGUUAUUGAUGAAAUCAAGGCUGAUCAAAAGAAAAGCCUCGACCAAAAGAAGGCCAUUGAUCAAGAUGAAAGUUUUUCAACUACGUAUAAGAUUCCUCUCUGCUUUAUUCACCAAGAUCGAGGUCAGCAGCGAUUUUUGCAAGAGCUUGUUAAGUUUGACAUGAAACCUUUUAUACUCAAUAAAGUGGAAGAGUAUUACUACAUUAGCAAAUGUGACCCGAUGGAGGAAAGUGAUAAAUGUAAUCUUAGCGGUUCUACACUGGUUGAAUCUGAGAAUGUACCAAAUAUUUCCGAUAACAACCAGAAUAUCAUCGAAAGCACAGGGCACAGCGAUGGUGGCCGAGGUCUUGGAAUCGUCUUGAUGUCACCGACCGAACCUGAUCCCUCCAGCCGCAUGGAUACUGCGAUAUUUCAAAAAAAUCAACUUUUUUGGCUUCUUUUGGCUCCAGAAAUAGGAUUUGUUUCUUUAUAUUUCUAUUCCAAGGUCAUUUCACGCUCUGAACGAACAACUAUUAUAGAUGAGAUUAAAAAAUACAUAUUAAACGUUUGUGUGAGAGUAAAUCAACUGACGCUGCUUGAUGAGUUGAGUGAGACGCAUCUUUGCAGUAACUACUUGGUACCUCCAGACGGAGCCGAGUCGGCAUCAGGCGACGGAACUGAAAAGUCCGAUAAAAAAGAGUCCGAAAAGUUUGCAUAUGGACAAUUCGAAUGUCCACUAGUAUACAAGACCAUCUUCCCUCUUCACUGGCGUUUGCGACCGAAUCAAGCACUUGCUGGCAUCACGUCCUCUCUCCUAAACUGGUUUGCAGUUUCCAACCGUAAACACAUGUACGUUGUUCCGGAUAAAGAUCACAUCGUAUACAUCAAAUUGUCCGAGAUUAGUAGGCCGCCUCCGGUUGUUGAUUCCGAGAAUGCUGCAGAGCCGGACCAACAAAUAAAUGCAUCACCGUAUAUUAAUGGUACGGUUAGUGCUAAUGAACAGUCAACACAACCAACACAGCAACCUGCUGCAGACGAAACAAAAAGCCCACAAACACCAAACCUUGAUUCACCAAAUCCAUGGCGUGGAACCCAACCAAAAUUUGGAUUACUUGUCGAAGUAUAUGGCCUUAAUUUACCUGGAGCAAAGAUAACAGUUGACUUGGUUAGCUCUUUGGAGAGUAAAUUGACUACUAGUGUUACGCUUUCCGUUAUCUCAACGCACUUGGCUCGAAAUGUUGCCGCAAAGUUGUCAUAUGAGGCAAGUAUAGACGUUGAAUUUAUCUUACCCACCAAGAAAACUCCUUCAAGAACGGCUAUAUUUUACAUACCAAAAUUUGUGAAAAAUACUGCGUCCUUACUUUUUUACUUUAAACAGAACUUAUUGGGAUAUUUAAACACGUUGAAUGGACCGGAAGCAGCCUUUACAGUAAAACGCUACCAUCAUGGCAAAUACGUUAAAGCAACUCUACCUGCGGAUUCUGAAAAGAAACUCCCCCAAUUAACGGAUCCGUAUCUAGGGGACAUGGCGUUUUAUUAUAAUCCUAAUCCAGCGAUGCGGGCACCUUUGUUUGAGACUUCUGUUGGACAGGGCAUCUCUGGCAUGAUAUUAACAUUACAAAAUCAAGAGGGCCUGCCAGUGUUUAAACUUCCAUCACAGGACCGGACAGAUCACGAUGAUACAGACAUGUCGACCAUCAUAGAAUACUUACAAGCACAACAAAGUACGCCACAAAGUACACCACGAAUUACACCGCGGCUUCCGCCACGCGAUAUAAGUGGACGAUUAACCACUGCUUCUAAGAAUUGUAAUUACAAGAUGCUUGUCGAAAUGUGGAGCCAGGGGCCAAUAAACUCGGACACAUUGAUCGAACGGAUUAUUAGGAGUUUUCGACAAAGUUUGUGUGAUUACUGUAUUGAGCUUUCGGUCUCGAAAAGCCUUCGUUAUUAUGCUGCGGAUAAUUUAGAGACGGUGGCAUUAGCGAUACCAGAAAAUAAUGAACUAGAUGACAGACCGAAUUCACGACUGCCCUUCCCGUCACUCGACAGUCACCUUCAACGUGUUUUCGUAGAGCCAGUGUUUGAGAUCUUGAAAAAGUCAGCCGAAUGGCAGAAUCCCGUCGUUAGCAUGUUAGAUAUUACCUUUGAGACACCCUCAUGCAUUAGUGAGGAGUUGUUAAAAGAAAUUAGUAUAUUUAUGACGGAUAUACAUACAGCUCUCAACCCAACAAUAUGGAGCCAAGUCUCUGUCAAAACAUGUCAAUUAGAUGAUCAUCAAACAGAUGAAUCCGAUCAUAAAAGAAGAGUUCAUAUGAAGCUGGAGACAUUGCCUACAAAGCCCACAAAAUAUAUUCUAGUCGGCGGUUUGAAAGAACUUGGAGCUCCUAAACAACAUAAGCCUACUUCUCGUAGAAAUAGUGUCGGGAACGAACGGUCACUACUUCGUAGAAAUUCGGUCGAUGAAUUUAUGCCUCGUAGAGCGUUUCAGCAUCGUCAAGCAACAGAAGAGCUAAUGAUGAAUAGACCGAGUCAGAACGCCCAUGAAGGGCAGUCGCAACAGAACCAAGAAUAUCACCAAUCGUGUUUCGUCAUUAUGGCAGUUGAUGGAUUCUCUCUGACGUUAUAUACCUACAACUUAAACGAAUCGUACAAAGACCAGAUAUUCAAAUCAAUUAAUAAGUUAAUGGACUGGCAUAAUCAGCGUACCCGACUGUUGAACAGCAUUCUCUAUCAAAAGAUGGGUUUGUUUUAUCAUACGAACACAUUACCUGUUAAAUCAAGGGCAUCCGUAACGACUGUUCCGAACACUCCACGUGUGCCGCCCAACACAUCGGUUCAGCGUUCCGUCACAAUUUAUAGUAAUUCUUUGGAUACAACAAAUGUCAAUUUGCUCAUAUCUGACAAGUUUCCAUCUCGCAUGCGGCCAGAUCAUCGAGAUGAAGAAAGGAAAUCCUUUGCAUUAUCAGUGGAUAUGCGGGCUGAAUUGACUAAGCUAGUCACAAAUGACCUUGAUAGUGCGGCCAACGUGUCUAUUAUCUCGGUUCUUGAUGUCGAUGAAACGCUCAAGAACGCAUUUGCAGAAACUCCUGCCGAACAUUCUGCGAAAUCGCCAAAAACUGGAAUCAAGGGUCCACAUAACCAAAACAAUCCAAAACAAAGAAAACUUUCAGAAACAAGUCGAGAUGAGGAAGACUUAUUACAGAAAUACGGGCGGCCAUUCUUAGAUUCUUGUGUACGAAAAGCUAGAAUCUCUCAGACAAAUGCAAUCGCCUCGAAAAUAUCCGAGAAUUGGGCGCGAACACGUGAACAGCUUGAUGAUGUGAAUGCCAAGACUGCGCUUUCCAAUUCAACAUUUACUUGUCUGUUACGAAUUGGUUCUGCAAUACACUUUCUCGAACAACAAGGAUCAAGUAAAGAAACUACGGCGCUACAGUUCAAUACGACGAUCGAGACGUUAUUGAAGGAGUAUGCAUCAUAUUUAGAAAGUAUUGGAAUGACUAUGGUGAUAUUUGGAGAUGCAGAGUCCAACCUUAUUCACAACAAAGAUGAUGGACUUCCCUCUUUCACGUCCAAAAUCGUUAUUGAUGGGGAUUUGUCGAUUACUGCUCCUGCAGUAUUUACUGCAAAAGUUUGUAGUGUUGGAAUAAUUUUAUGUGAAGUACGUAUGGAAGGAACUUUAGCAAGUUUGAGCUUGUAUUCACUAACGAGAUCGGCUGUUGAUGAUGGCGAUACAUCGAAUGGUCUAACUGAACUAAGAGAAGAAUGUCAUAAAAUCAAACAAUUGUUACACUUCAAGUCAUUUAUCUAUGAUUUCCACCUACGAUAUUUAACUAAUAUUCUUAAAACGCCGGAAGCAGCACCAUCCAUUGACGUAUUAGAGCUUCUAAAACAUUUCAUUAAUAGUCAUCCUGAGCCUCGAAAAUAUGCUCGUCAUCGAAUUUAUCAUGGUACAUUCGUGAGAGAACUCGAAAACAUAGAAGAGGAUUCAUUAUUUACAUACGUAAUCAAGAAUCCGCAAAGAUACGGUUUCCGUCCUAUUUAUCAUGGUGAAGAGACAAUUGGGUGCUUCACGACAGCAUUUUGUACAAACCAAGAGGAUCCGGAAAGGUGCAAGUGCCUUCUGAUAUUGAGGGCGUCCAGCAAGCAACCCUCAGAUAACGGAAGUUUUUUGCUUGAUUAUGAUAUUAUCUCGUUUUACGAUUGUGAAGGACACGAACAAGUCCCACCGAGUAACGACGAGCCCCGGAUGUCUGUGCAUGAACGAAGAAACGUGCUAAAUCAAGGAAAGCAAAAAAUAAAUGCGACUAUUGAACGAGCCAUCGAGUGUUAUGCUCGUGAUAAACUUUGGGAGCAAUUAGAAUCAACCAAGAACCCCUCCAACAUCAACUCUGCAGACUUUAUAAACCUAACCCAAUGCUGGUGUAGUCGACUACUGUCAAUUCUUCAACCAGAAUUCCAUGAAUUCCUAGAUCUUCACCUUGACUGGUCAAAAGUUCUUGACUUCUUGGCUACCUAUUAUUCAGAUAACGUGAGGGAAGUGAAUGACGAUGGCGUCCGACAUUUAGUCAUUUUUAAUCCUUUUCUUAGUGGGCAUUUGAUGCACUUUGUUUUGAAUCCAAGCAGUGGUGUUCGUGUAAACGCUGUCUGUCGAGAGGAACCGCACAAGUACGAACCUCAAUUUACUGCCGAUAUUAUGAGGACGAUUGGAUAUUUUAUCUGGAGACAAAUUGUAUCAUAA